AGACGGUAGUAUUGGCCUGUUUGAUUACUCCUAGUAUCGGACCCACAUCUUGAGCAGCGCAGUGUUGUCGAGCCUGGAAAGCGGUCAGGCGUAUGGACAGGCGGCCGUAGCUCCUUCAUCCUUCUCCGAACACCACCCGAACAGUGGACGGACUACACUGACGAGUUAUUCCAGCGCAACACACGGGCCUGUCCCCUCUUCUGCGCUCUGGUGCCUCCACUGCAGGGCCUCGUCUUCUUCAGCUUACUGGGGGAAAGUGGGUGUUUGCUGCUCACUGGUGUUUCGGCAGCAGCGGCGGCGGCGCGAAGUGUCCUCGAUGGCUGGCUGGAAGGACGGCUCGGUGCAGGAGAAGUACCGUCUGGUCGUGGUCGGAGGCGGUGGCGUCGGGAAAUCAGCCUUGACUAUCCAGUUUAUUCAGUCAUACUUUGUCACCGACUAUGAUCCUACGAUCGAAGAUUCUUACACCAAGCAGUGCGUGAUUGAUGAAAGGCCGGCCAGGCUGGACAUCCUCGACACGGCUGGACAGGAAGAGUUCGGAGCCAUGAGAGAACAAUACAUGAGGACAGGGGAGGGCUUCCUGCUCGUCUUCUCAGUCACCGACAGAGGAAGCUUCGAAGAAAUCUACAAAUUCCAAAGACAGAUUCUGCGAGUCAAAGACAGAGAUGAAUUCCCCAUGAUCCUCGUAGGCAACAAGGCAGAUCUGGAGCUGCAGAGACAAGUAACCCACGAAGAGGGCCAGCAGCUGGCCAGACAGCUAAAAGUCACAUAUAUGGAGGCUUCAGCUAAAAUCCGUAUGAACGUAGACCAGGCUUUUCACGAGCUGGUUAGGGUAAUCAGGAAAUUCCAAGAACAAGAAUGUCCACCGUCGCCGGAGCCUACGAGAAAAGAGAAAGACAAAACCGGCUGCCAUUGUGUGAUCGUCUGAGUCUGCCUUAUCACUGUUAACUCAUGCAGAUAAUCUACCACCCCCUCCCCUCUGCCCCCGCCCCUCUACUCUGCCUGACAUUACAUCCCAAGUGGAUGAGUGACCGCUGCCUUCUCCAUGUGCAUGACUUCAGACGGCCUUUUCUGAGUUGACUCGGACCAGGAACUGCUGUUUCCAGGACAUCGCUAUGGGAUAACUGACAAUGCCAAAUUUUUAACACCACUCUACCUUCAGCUGCGAUCUAAUCCACACGAGAGAGUACCAACACUAAACAUUGCCUUCUUAAAAUCAGCCUGACAAAUGAAAUGUUUUGUACUCUGAAGGACUCCUCUUGCCUUGUAGUGACAUUUGUACUUGCUACCGAGUUUGAAUGAAAUCUAUAUCCAGAAUGUUAAUGACAUUUCUUUAGUUUCCAGGGUCUGACCAGAGCAGAGAGAUUAUCUUGCGAAGCUUCGUGUAUGUUGUGCCAUAUCCACCUUUACUCCCCAUGUGCUAAUCUGCUACUGUACAUAUGUGACAUUUGUUGUGGUUUUCAAAGUGUAUUUCUAAUGAUCUAUUAAAUCACCACAGUGCAGUGUGUGAGGUUGAGUUUGGUUUUACAUAUAAGAAACUGAAUAUGUAUGUAUAUAAAUGUAAUUCCUAGACAUCCUUUAAUGAUAUAUUGAGACAUUUCUGGCAUUCUGCAGUGGAUAACUUUCCCCCUUUUUAUGCUUUCAGUACAAUUGCCAAAUAUGGAUUGUCUGCUGUAUUAGGAUUAUUUUUCCCCUCCCCAAGUCUUGUAGAUUGAAUGAUUGUAAUCAUAUUCUUGACAUACACAACGCGUCGUGUUCGCCUCAGUUUUCCUCCCAAAAGGUGCAACCUCUUUUGGUAAACUUGAAAAUCUUCGAAGCGGAUUAUGAACAUCUGGUUUCAACUCUGUGAAAACCAGAUAUUUCCACACCUGCAUAAAAAAGAUUCAUAACCAUUUUGUCUCAGUGUCGGACAAUAUAGAAAUUAAGUCUAUUUUAGAUUUAGAAUUACCAAAGUUAUUUCUGUUUGCUUAACACCAUAAUUAUGGAACUUAAAAAAAAAUCUUCAGUCUUUAAAUUGAGAAGUUUGCGUACCUUUUCUUAGUGUUUGAUGGAAUUGCCUUUUAAACUCGAUGGUUUGGGUGAGAAUCUUUGACGUUUUUGCCCAUUCGUCCUGACACAACUGGAGUAACUGUGUCAGGUUUAUAGGCCACCUUGGUUGCACCAACCUUUUCAACUUUGCACACAACCUUUCUACUAAGAACUUUGCAUUGGGCACUCUGGUUAUCGAGUUUGUUUGGCCUUUUCUCAGAAAUGUAAUUAUGGUCUUUAUAGAGGAAAAACCUACAUCUUUGUCUAAUCAGACUACACAGUCUCAGAAAACUAAGUUCUUUGUCACUCUGUUCUUGCAUCUUCUAAUAUUUUUGGGUAUUUUUUUUUUCUGUAAUGGCUUCUUCAUGGAGGAGGCCUUUCAACUAAUUUUUGGUACAAUUUUCUUUCAACCAGCAUCCUUGUCGGAUCAUUUUUCUGUUUCUUUUCCAUUUGAUACACAUUUUCUUCAUCAAAACUACUUUUGAUGAAGAACACAAGACUUUGUGGAGCUCUACAAUUUCAUCCUAAUGUUGUGGAUAAUUCCUUUUAAAAUUCAUAAGGUGUCACAAGGAGAGUGUCUGCCUCUAUUUAAUCAAAAAUGUUGUGCAUUGAUGUGUUAGAAGCUUACAAAGCUAUGACAUCAAGCUGGACCUUAUUGAAAAGGUAAUAUGUGCAUAUCAAAACUUCUGAAUUUAAAGAAAGUAAUACAUCAAUUAAUCUGUCAUUUAGGAGGCAGAAUAACUAAUAAAAAAAAAAUAAGAUUUUGACUAUACCAGACACUGAGUGUAAAAAAUGGUAUCAAGUCUUUUUGAACAUUGUAUGUCUGGUUUCAACUAUCAGUAGCAAACUGUGUAGCCUCAAGCUGGCAUGGUUUCAGACAAAACUGAAACUCUGUGUGCUCUUGUACUUAACUUUUCACUGGUAAAUCAAUGUAAAAAAAAAAAAAACAAUCAGCUUGUUGUAAACUAAGAAAGGCUUUCAGAGCUCUGCUCGGCUCAGAUCAUUGCAAUCAUUCUCCUCAGUUCUGAUUGCGCUCACAUUGCUGUUGCACCUCUAACACCAUGGCGAUGUAUUUGUUUGUGCCCUCGAGUCAGUUUGUUACUUAGAUUAUUUUUUUUUUGUCCCAGUUUGGUUUGCUGGUUGUAAAACCAGGACGAGCCGAAGCUUCGAGGUGCACUUCGUAGGACGGGCCGUCUGCAGCAGGGCGCGACCUCACACACCGCGGGACCUGUAAUCACUGAAGAGACGCAACAGCAAUCCGCUGCUCUUCGGGCUCUCAGACGAAGUGCUGCCGUUUGUCUCACACACCUUCACCUUGUACUAUAACAAGAAAAUCAGAUGAUGGAAUUAAUGAACUUAAUUAAAUAUUUCUACUCUACUUUUAUACAUUAUUUUCUUAUAAAACCAGUUGAGUAUUUUUAUAUGUUUAUAAGUAAAUACAUGUUCACAGCUCAGGCUGUGUCUAUAUGUAAAGAAGAAUAUCUAACUCCCUUGGUUAUUUUUAACGUGAAAAUGAUUGCUGGCCCAAAUCUGAACAAUUGGAUGUUUCACCUAAAUGUAGCCAAGGUUUUUUUUUUGGUUUUUUUUUUGUUGUUUUUUUUUUUGGGUCACAAAA